CCUCCGCCCCCGCCGCCUGCGCGGCCUCCUCUUCGGCGUGAGGCUGUGCGCGCAGACGGCGCGAGGGGGAGCGAGCGAGCGGGCGCCGCCGGGAGCCCGCAACCCUGGCGCCCGCCGCAGCCCGGAGCCCCGCAAUAUGCCGCCGCGGCCCUCUGGCUCUCGGCCAUGGCGAGGCUCUGCCGGCGCGUCCCUUGCACCCUGCUCCUCGGCCUGGCCGCGGUGCUGCUGAAGGCGCGGCUGGUCCCCGCGGCCGCCAGAGCCGAGCUCAGCCGCUCCGACCUCAGUCUAAUCCAGCAGCAGCAGCAGCAGCAGCAGCAAAGGCAGCGGGAGGAGGCUGAGGAGGAGAGGCCAGGGGUGCCCGGGGCAGCCUCUACCUUGACUGUUCCAGUGUCCAUGUUUAUGCUGAAAGUCCAAGUGAAUGACAUCAUCAGUCGUCAGUACCUGAGUCAAGCAGUUGUAGAAGUAUUUGUAAACUACACGAAGACAAAUUCUACUGUAACUAAAAACAAUGGAGCAGUGUUGAUAAAAGUACCCUAUAAAUUAGGACUCAGCUUAACCAUUAUUGCUUACAAAGAUGGUUACGUGUUGACGUCUCUGCCUUGGAAGACUGGAAGAAUGCCAAUAUAUUCAUCAGUUACACUUUCACUGUUCCCGCAAAGUCAAGCAAAUAUAUGGCUAUUUGAAGACACUGUUUUAAUUACUGGAAAAUUAGCAGAUGCCAAAUCUCAACCAAGUGUUCAGUUUUCAAAAGCCUUAAUUAAACUUCCUGAUAACCAUCAUAUUAGCAAUGUUACUGGCUAUCUUACAGUUCUACAACAGUUUCUAAAAGUGGAUAAUUUUCUGUACUCAACUGGAAUUACUCUCAGUAAACCAGGUUUUGAAAACAUUGAAUUGACUCCUCUUGCUGCGAUAUGUGUGAAAAUAUAUUCUGGAGGAAAAGAAUUAAAGGUUGAUGGCCCUAUUCAAAUUUCUCUUCCACUUCUACAUACAAAUGAUAUAAGUGUGGGGGAUCGCAUACCUGCUUGGACAUUGGAUAUGAACACAGGUGCUUGGGUAAAUCAUGGCCGGGGGAUGGUCAAAGAACAUAACAAUCAUUUAGUUUGGACAUAUGACGCACCACAUUUGGGCUACUGGAUAGCAGCUCCACUUCCUGGAUCUAGAGGCUCAGGUGCAAAUGAAGAUUCCAAGGACAUAACUGCCUACCACACAGUGUUUCUUACAGCCAUAUUAGGAGGAACAAUAGUCAUUGUCAUUGGAUUUUUUGUUGUGCUGCUUUGUUAUUGCAGGGGUAAGUGUGGUACUCCGCAGAAGAGGGAAAGAAAUAUCACUAAACUUGAGGUCCUCAAGAGAGACCAGACAACUUCAACAACACACAUAAAUCACAUCAGUUCUGUCAAAGUUGCAUUAAAAGCUGAGGAAAAGUCACAGCUAUUCAAUGCCAAAAACUCCACACAUAGCCCUCAAAAGAAGGAGCCAGCAAAUGCAGAACCAGAAGAAAGAGUUUCAAUGGUGAAAACUCGGGACAAUUUUAAAAUCUACAAUGAAGAUGUUGCGUUUCUGUCAGUCAAUCAGAACACUUACUCAAGAAACGCAACACAGUCUUUGGAGCCCAACGUAGGGUCCAGACAGCCUAACCACAUUAACAACAAUGUGUCUUCAUCAUUAGGUGAUGCUCAAGAGGAAAAGAGGUAUCUCACAGGUAACGAGGGGGUAUUCGGGCAUUCCCACAUUCCAGAACAGCUUAUGCAUAUCUACAGCCAGCCCAUUGCCAUCCUUCAGACAUCCGACCUUUUCUCCACCCCAGAGCAGUUACACGCUGCCAAGUCAGCUACUUUGCCAAGAAAGGGACAGUUAGUCUAUGGCCAACUGAUGGAGCCAGUAAACAGAGAGAACUUUACCCAGACGCUGCCCAAAAUGCCGAUGCACUCUCACGCACAGCCUCCAGAGGCCAGAGAAGAGGAUAUGGUACUCGAAGGCCAACAGAGCUUGCCGUCCCAGACUUCAGAUUGGAGCCGAUACUCCAGCAGCUUACUGGAAUCAGUCUCUGUUCCUGGGACACUAAACGAAGCUGUUGUAAUGACUCCGUUUUCAUCAGAGCUUCAAGGUAUUUCAGAACAGACCCUCCUGGAGCUGUCCAAAGGAAAGCCCUCGCCCCAUCCCAGAGCCUGGUUUGUGUCUCUUGAUGGAAAGCCAGUCGCACAAGUGAGACACUCCUUCAUAGACCUGAAAAAGGGCAAGAGAGCUCAGAGCAAUGACACGAGCCUGGACUCUGGGGUGGAUAUGAAUGAGCUUCACUCAAGUAGAAAGCUGGAGAGGGAGAAAACAUUUAUCAAAAGCAUGCAUCAGCCCAAGAUCCUUUACUUAGAAGACUUAGACCUCAGCAGCAGUGAGAGUGGAACCACCGUCUGCUCGCCUGAGGACCCAGCUUUAAGGCACAUCCUGGAUGGAGGGAGUGGAGUCAUCAUGGAGCACCCUGGGGAAGAAUCCCUGGGAAGAAAAAGCACUGUUGAAGAUUUUGAAGCCAAUACAUCCCCCACUAGAAAAAGGGGCAGACCGCCGCUAGCCAAAAGAGACAGCAAGACCAAUAUCUGGAAGAAACGAGAGGAACGCCCACUGAUUCCCAUCAAUUAAUUCCAAUAGUGGUUGUGUUUCUGCUGUCUUGUGCUGUUCUUGCUUCUUGUUGUCAAUUACAGUAUGAACUUAAGAAGUGAGACUGAGCAAUCUUAAGGUCCAUCGGCAGUCUCAAGCAGAGUAGAUAGUAAAAUGGUAAUUCAGUAAUCAGAGAGAAAGAUACUGAGGAAUGUUUUUUCUGGCCUAUUCCUUUCAUUUAUUUUGGGUAUUAAUUUGAAAUAUCCAAGUUUUCAAAAUGUAAAGUAGUGUAAGGUGUUAUCUGAAAACAUUACUUAGUCAGCCAGAUGGGCCUUGACUCUCUAGAAUAACAAUGAAAUGAGUACUCCUAAAGUUGCUUCCAAAAAUAGAAAUGAAACUCUUUUUCAGGCUUCGAAUUCCUGUGAAAUGUUACUGUGUUCUUCUCUGCCUACACUUGAAAAUAGCUUGAUAAAUGUUCUGGAUUGAUGUCAUUCUAGAGUUUAAAGACCAAAUAACAUUUUUUAAUUGAUAGAAACAGCAUGCAUAUUGUAUCAUCCCAAAACUGGUUGUCAGGGAGAGAGAUGCAAGCUCUUAGUUAUUUUUGGAUAUAACUUUACCCAAUAAGAUCUUACUUGGAAAUUAUCCAAGUUUUAUUUUCAAUUUUUUUCCCUCUCUCAAAAAUAAAUGAGCUUAAUUGUCCAGGAAAACUUUUUCCAAACUGAAAAAAAGAAAAAGACAGUUUAAGGCUCACUGAUACGUUACCAAUUUAAAUGUAUUUCUUCUAUUCCAAAACAAAUUUAGUCACUUAAAUGGCUAUCAAACUUGAUGUUUUAAAAAAAUCAAUGACGUAGAAGUUUCUUAUGAACAUCAAAACAUUAAAAUAUGUGAGAUAAAGGAUGUAGACAUUUCACCCUUUUGUCUGAAAUGUUAAUGAACAGGAAAAAAGGCCAUUUUCCAGAGGCUCAAAAACAAUUUCGGGGAUCAGCAUUGUGGCUCAUCAAGUUACGCCCUCAUUUAGAAUGCCAGCAUCCCAUAUCAGAGCACCAGUGCCAGUCGCUGCUGCUCUUCUCAUUCAGCUUCCUGCUAAUGUGCCUGGGAAGUCAGUGGAAGAUGGCCCAGGUGCUUGGGCCUCUGUCAUCUGUGUGGGAUACCUGAUGAAGUUCUUGGCUGCAGCUUGGCCCAGCCUGGCCAUUUGGGGAGUGAACUAGUGGAUGGAAGAUCUGUCUCUCCAACUCUUUCAAAUAAGUAAAUCUUAAAAAAAUAACUUCAGGAUAGUAUCUGGGAAUUCAGAUGGUGGCAUUCGUGAAACAUGUUUGAAGAAAACACUUUCCAUUUCAGGAGAAAAGUGAAAGUUUUUGUUUAAUCAUUUAUGGUCCAGCAUUUUUUGGAAAUAAUUUAGUACAGAAUUCAGUGUGAACACAUUCAAGAACUGUUUUUAAUUAUGUUUUUAACUCUGAAUAAUAAUUCAGGUGUUCUAAAAAUAAAAAGUCCUUGUUAAUUAAAGUCAACCUACCCCAUUUUUUUUUUUCUGAAAAUUUCCAUGAAGGCAAAUGUGUGAAGCACCUCUCCUUUUCCUUUUAAGGGAUAAAUAAAACUAAAACUGCUUUAAUUCUCAUCCUCGGACAUUCAACAUGGGAGCAACUUAAAUACCUAAGCAACAUAAACAAGUUGAGAGAACCAAAAUAGUCACAUGAGCUUUAGUAAGACUGUAGAUACAUGUACAAUGAACUACAACAUUUUUUUUUUCCUACACCAAAAUGUUAGCCUUCAGCCAAUUUUUUUCCUAUAACCACUUCUAAAACAGUUGUCCUUUCAGGUAAAUCACCUACCUUUAUGUAUUAACCCAAAGAAUGUAAAGACCCUGGCAAAUGCUUGUGAUAGAUUACCCCAAUCCAUGGAAAUGAUAAAUGUUUUGGGUAGUACCUUGGCUUUUUUUUUUUUUUUUUUGAGUAAUGAUAAGGCUCAUAUUUGGAGGAGGCUUCUUAUUGGUCUUACACAGAAAGAUAAAAGCAGCAUGAAUGAAAAUGAUUUGGAAAGGGUUAAGGGAUAGUGCUCUGCUGAAGUGCCUUUGCUAUAGAAUCGCAUUAUUAGAAGGAUAUAAUAACAUCUUUUGUAAUUGUACAUUUUCUGUUAGCCAAGUUAAACAGAUGUGCAGUUUUUUAUUAAUUUAAAAAACAUAGACCUAGUGUUUCAUGUUGGAACAAUGAACUUUGCAUGUAAGUAACAUUUAUCUCCUUCUUUUGUGGGUUUAAUUUUUUUUAAAACCAGUAUAUUGAUAAAUGUUUAUGUUGGAGUGAAUUUAGAAACUGUAUAGCAAAAUGUUGCAUUUCCUCAACAUUUUAAGUAUUUUUCUCACCUUCAAGUAAAAAUAUUUCAUCUCCACUUGGUAAUAGAAUACAUAUAAUAUUAUAAGGUUGCACCAUUCAGUUGUGUCACUUUGUUUUUUUGUGGAAGGGAAAUGAAACAGUGUAUUCCAAGGGCUUUUCUAGAACUACUUACUUGGUUUAUGCUUUUUUACACUGCACAUGCUGUUUUCAAUUGGGAAUUUGAGGCAAUUUAUCUUUUUCUAAUGAUCAGAAGAGUGUGACUCCUUAUUUGUGAGUAGUUCAAAGAUUUCCUGUUAAAAAUUGAAGCCAUCUACUUUUUCUUAACCCAAGUGACAAUAAACCAACAAUAUUCACUACUUUCUUAAAUUUUUAAAUUGAAAGCCAAGAGGUUUUCUGCAAAUGUAAGCCUAGAUAAUUUUGGCCAUAAAUUGUUAACAUUUGUGGAUCCUUUUUACAUACUUUGGAUAUAUCUUGAAGGCAAAACUUCCCUCAAUUAACUGAUGGGUUCAUUCACUAAAAAGCACAGCUAUAUGUAACUUUUGAAUACAUAAUGAUCUUUUGAGACUUUAUAAAAAUCAAUUUUUAUGACUUUAUGCAGUUGUAUAGGGAUUAUGCCCUUUUAUAGUAGUAUACCACAAAGAUCACAAAUGUUGAGGAAUGAAAGUACUUCUUUGCUUUGGCAAUCGUUUUCAGAUUACUUGCUGUGUUUGAAUUCUCUGGUAUCAAUGCAUAUUAUGGGUUUUUAGAGAUCUGUAUGUAAAAUGAUGUCCCUCCAAACUUCACAGAAAGGUGAAGUUCAAGGUAACACAUUGAUUUGUAAAAUAUGAGUUACUUAUUUCCCCAUGCACCAGCAUCAUGAAGGGAUUUGUCUGUAUUAAUUUCCAUUUCAGAUCUAGAAUUGACAUUUGGCCUUCUUGUUUCCAAGUGUUUUUAUGUUUUGUAUUCUUUUCAGAGAAAUUCACAAUUCAGUGUAUUUAUUGCCAUUACUACCACAUUUACUGCUGAAAACUGUAAUAAUCUGAAGAUUUGUAAAAUGUUAAACAGUUCAUUAAACAUAAAAUAAACCUAAAAUUUUA